AUGUCAUCUCAAGACAGACCUUCCGUACAAGAUCCGGGACCAAGCACGUCACCCACAGAGUCCGACUUGGUACCAGUCAUGGACUCUAUUACCACCUCCCCUGAUGACAGCAGUAUGCCACGACAGGCUGUUUCAACUGGGCACUUGCAACCAAGGCCAGCAGUGGAGACGCAGGACACCAACAGCUUACGCACUGCCCCAGCGACGCCACCAAAUUGCUCCAUCUCAGAGACACAAAACAGGAGUUCUCCCAACCAAUCAGUAAAGCUCACAACGACAACGACAGGGCCACCAUCGAGCGAUACAGCAUAUGGCCGCCUGAUCCAGAUCCAAACCCUCCAGGCGCGAGUCACCGAAUUGCAGUCGUCGAUCCGGAAGGGUCAGCAGAUUUUAAAGCAACAGCAGAAGAACGAGGCACCGAUCGAAGAGUUAACAGCGAAAUGGAAGAAAGCCAGUCAGGAGGGUGCUCAGGUCCUGCUGGGGAAGUAUACUGAGCAGCAGAGUGCCUUUGGUGGAUGGGGAGACUACGAUAGCAACAGGUCAGAUGACAGGAUGUCUAUGAACAGAGGCUUCCAUGGUUACGGUUCUCAGCAACUGCCCUGGAGCUACAAUACGGACAUGCCUAUGAAUGGGGUGUCCAGUCUGCAGGAACUGGGGCCGGACGGGCUCCAGGCGUUGGAGGAGUAUAUCGGGCACCAGGACGUGCAGCAGGAUUUACCCACGGUUGAGGAGGCGAUCAGAUCCCGGAGCCGGCCCGAGGUGACUGCUAUGACCCACCCGCCUACAAAAAUGACCACCAUGGAAAAGUUACUUCUAGGGCUGGGGAUCGACCUUGACGUCAUUGGGUACGACCCAGAGCAGGAUACAUUCAUAUCCUAA